CGACGUGUCUGCCGCAGCGUCGCAGCUCUUUGGUCCCUUCCUCACCGCCGUCGUCAGCUCCUCUUCACCACCUUCUUCUUCUUCUUCUUGAUCUCUGAUUAUUCUACAAACAUCCCAAUGCUGCUCCUCUCGCGGCCGUUUGUGCCCGUCCUCACCCUCCUCCUCCUCCUCGUCGCCCCCGUCCGCGCCUUCUACCUCCCCGGCGUCGCUCCAACCGACUACGAGGAGAACGACCCCGUCCCCCUCCUCGUCAACUCCCUCACCCCCACAAUCGACUCCGAAUCGCCUCAAUUGCAGAGCGUUCUUUCAUAUGACUACUACCAUCCCGCAUUCCACUUCUGCCGGCCUCAUGGCGGCCCCAAGAAGCAAGCAGAGUCCCUCGGCGCCAUCCUCUUCGGUGACCGCAUUUUCAACUCUCCCUUCGACCUGCGCAUGCUCAAAAACGACACCUGCAAGACCCUCUGCACCCAGAACUUUGAACCCCGCGCCGCCAAAUUCGUCAACCGCCGCAUUCGUCAGGACUACCAGCUCAACUGGCUGAUCGACGGCCUGCCCGCCGCCCGCGUCAAGUACGACGAGGGCACGCACUCCAAGUUCUACUCCGUCGGCUUCGAGCUCGGCACCAUCGACGACUCGGAGGACAAGAACCCCUACCUCUCCAACCACUACGACAUCUUUGUCGAGUACCACGAAACCCGGGCGGGCAAGUUCCGCGUCGUCGGCGUCGUCGUCCAGCCCUCGUCGCGCCGGACGACUAUCGACGACGCCGGUGUGGUCCAGAACUGCAACGUCGGGGACAAGCUGAUGCUCAACCGCGACAUCGACACCAAAGUCACCUUCACCUACUCGGUCUUCUGGACUCCCUCCGCCACCCCUUGGGCCACCCGUUGGGAUAAGUACCUGCACGUCUACGAUCCGCGCAUCCACUGGUUCUCGCUCAUCAACUCGUCGAUCGUCGUCAUCUUCCUCACCGGCAUGGUCGGCAUGAUCCUCCUGCGCACCCUCCACAAGGACAUUGCGCGCUACAACCAGCUCGACCUCGACGAAGACGUCCAGGAAGACUCGGGCUGGAAACUCGUCCACGGCGACGUCUUCCGCACCCCCGAGUACCCGCUCGCCCUCUCCGUCUUGAUCGGCUCCGGUGCCCAGCUCUUCGUCAUGACCGGCACCACCAUCGUCUUUGCCUUGCUCGGCUUCCUCUCUCCUUCCAGCCGUGGCGCGCUCGCCACCGUCGUCAUCGUGCUCUACACCUUGUUUGGCUUCUUUGGCGGCUACGUCUCCUCGCGUGCCUACAAGACCUUUGGCGGAGAAGCCUGGAAGCUGAAUGUGAUUGCCACCCCGCUCGUUGUUCCCGGAAUCGUCUUCACCAUCUUCAUCUUCCUCAACUUCUUCCUCAUUGGCGUGCAGUCCUCCGGCGCUGUUCCUGUCGGCACUAUGAUCGCCCUCGUCGUGAUCUGGUUCGUGAUCUCUGUCCCGCUGUCGGCCGCGGGCUCGUACUUUGGCUUCAAGGCGCCCGCGCUCGACCCGCCCGUGCGGACGAACCAGAUCCCGCGCCAGAUCCCGGAUCAGCCGGUGUACCUGCGCUGGGUGCCAAGUAUGCUUUUGGCAGGAAUCCUGCCGUUCGGCGCGAUCUUUGUCGAGCUGUACUUCAUCAUGAACUCGAUCUGGUUCCACAAGGUGUACUACAUGUUUGGCUUUUUGUUUGUGUGCUAUGUGGUGAUGAUCCUCACGUGCUCGACCGUCACGAUCCUGAUCACGUACUUUUUGCUGUGCUCCGAGAACUACCACUGGCAAUGGCGCAGUUUCUUCACCGCGGGCGCGAGCGCGAUCUUUGUGCUCCUGCACGCGGUCAUGUACUGGAUCUCGAAGCUGUCGCUGGGCGGCGUGGUCAGCAACGUGCUCUAUCUUGGCUACAGCUUGCUGCUCUCGUUCCUGGUCUUUGUGCUCAUGGGCACUAUCGGCUUUGUCUCGAGUUAUUUCUUUGUGCGGCAGAUUUAUCAGUCGAUCAAGAUCGACUAGAGUUGCUAUCAGAACAAGAGAAAUCAAACAAAAAGAAAAAAAAGAAGGACACCACAGGCAAAAGAACAAGAACAAGGACGAAGCAAAGAUAGAUGAUGGCUGGACAGAUAGCACUACAUGUCUAAACAAUACUCUGUACUCUUUUUGUAUGCUAGGGGAUUAUGAAGAGGAUUGAUCCUACUCUUUUUUUAUAUAUAUUCUUCGAAUUCGCUC